GCACCUCGAGCUCCAGAUUAAGAUGGGGUCGUCCCCGAGGGGCGUCCUGGCCCUUGAGACCGUCGCCCUCCUGCUGGCGGUGGGCGGCUCCGGCGGCUCCUCCUCCUCCUUCUCCCCCCACUCCCUGCGCUACUUCCACACGGCCCUGUCUGAGCCCGGCCAGGGGCUGCCCCAGUUCAGCAUCGUGGGCUACGUGGACGACCAGCCCUUCGUCAAGUACGACAGCCACGCCAGGAAGAUGCUGCCUGAAGUCCCCUGGAUGGAAGAAUUUGGGAAGGAGGACCCCCAGUACUGGGAAGGGCAGAGCCAGCGAGCGCAGGGCACAGAGCCUGUCUUCAGACUGGGCCUGGAGACGCUGCGGGAGCGCUACAACCAGCAGAACAGCACAGGGCUCCACACCCUGCAGUGGAUGUACGGCUGUGAGGUGGGGCCAGACGGGCGGCUCCGCAGGGGGCAUUACCAGUACGCCUACGACGGGGAGGACUUCCUCUCCUUCGACAAGGGGACCGUCAGCUGGACAGCCGCUGUGCCCCAGGCCGAGAACUCCAGGCAGAAGCUGGACAGGCAGCAGGACAUUUCCCAGCACGUGAAGGACUACCUGGAGGGGGAAUGCGUGGAGUGGCUGCGGAGGUACCUGGACUACGGCAACGAGACCCUGCUGAGGACAGAGGCCCCAAUGACGAGGGUGUCGCGCAAGAAGCGCUACGAUGGAGAGGAGACCCUCUUCUGCCAGCUCUACGGCUUCUAUCCCAAGGAGAUCGAGGUCACCUGGACGAAGGACGAGGAGGACCGGAAGCCGGAGACCAUGUCGGGGGGGGGCGUCCCCAACUCGGACGACCACACCUGGCUCAGCAUCGAUGUUGACCCCAAGGAGAAGGACCGCUACCGGUGCCGGGUGGGACACGACAGCCUCCCGGAGCCCCUGGACUUGGCCUGGGAGGAGCCGGCACCCAACUUGGACCUCAUUCCGGGCAUUGUUAGUGGGGUUCUUCUGGCUGUUGCCGUCCUGGCUCUUGCCAUCCCGGGGGUGGUCUUUGCCUUCCGCAGAAAACGGGAAGAGAAGGGCUACGAAGCAGCACCAAAUGGCUACCUGAGGCCUGACAGCUUCUCCUCUGGAUGCAGCAAAUCGAGUUCUUCUCUGAUGAGCACUUGUGUGAAGAGAUAACAAGGAAACUCACUGGAUUACCUCUGCCAUACUUCUCUCCAUAGGCCGCCGGUAGCUACUUUCCAUUAAAGGCAUAAAACAACCAAUAGAGUACAUAUCUCAGUACCUCACCUAGUUUAGGCCUCUGUAUUACACUGUCUGACCCUGCCUCUGUCCCAGCAAUCUGUCUUGCCCUAGUGAAGUGAUGAAAGGUUUGUGGUGAAGUGUUUUACUGAUGGGAUUGGGAAACUUUUCCUUUUGAUUUUGCUGACGCUUUUUGUAUUGAUCAGAAAUGGGGAAACAUUUGUGAUGAUUGAUAAAGGGUGUUAUCCAUGCACAAUUUGGGCUGCGUGUUAUUGACAUUUGUUUAAAGCUCACCUCUUUUUUUGGGGUUAAAAGCUUUUAUUUUUCUCGGAAGUAAUAACAUGUUCAGAAUAUUUUCCAUUUAAUCAAAAACCCUUGAAACUCCCCACCCCUUCUCCCUCCAGUGGCUUCCCGCAAUGCAUCCCCCUUUUUUCUCUUUUACAUCAGUAUAUCAUAAGACAACACAUUUGACUUAAUAUUGUUCUAAAAGUCAAUCCAUUCUUCAAAAAAAUCUUGGUCUUCUUUGUUAUUCAGUUUUUUCGUGAUUUUGUCCAUUUCUGCCAUGAACAGAACUUUGCGUAUCCAUUCGUCUAUUUCCGGUAUUCUUUCUUGUUUCCAACAUUGUGCAUACACCAUUCUUGCAGUUGUUAUUAGGUACCAAAACAUAGUCUUUUUUGUUACAUUUAGUUCUUCCAUUUUGAGUCCUAAGAGUAGAAUCUCGGGAGCUUUCUUAAAAGAACAUUUCAGUAUCUUUUGCAUUUUGCUGUGUAUUUUUGUCCAAAAAUCCACAGC